AUGACGUCGACCCACGCCCCGCUAACCCUCCGUGCGCCGCUGGACCGCUCCUCCGCGCCAUGCCUGCGCGCAUCCCUCGUUCCCGCCACCCGCUCCGCCAAGCCUCCUCCGGGCGCCUUCGUGCGACUGGGCGGGAGCCAAUUAACGCGUGUGUGUCGCACGUCAUCGCACCCCUGCGAUCGCACCGUCGUCCGCAGGACUGCGUGUCCCCGCGCAACUGCCGCGCGCGCGGAAGCCUCCGCCAAUGCCGUGGAGAGCAGAGCGGGCGAUAGCGGCCCCGCGGAGGGCGCGGGGGAGCGCGAGUACGACGCGGUGGUGAUCGGCGCGGGGAUGGGCGGGCUGGUGGCGGCGACGCAGAUGGCGGUGCGCGGCAUGCGCGUGCUGCUGCUGGAGAAUUAUCUCAUCCCGGGCGGCAGCUCCGGGUGGUACGCGCGCGACGGGUACACGUUCGACGUGGGGUCGUCCGUCAUGUUCGGCUUCGGCGAUAAGGGCAACGUGAACCUGGUGACGCGCGCGCUGGCAGCGGUGAGGCGCAAGCUGCCACUGCUGGAGGACCCCGUGGCCGUGCACUACCACAUGCCCAACGGGCUCAGCGUGCAGGUGGGUGGCAGGUCGACAUGUGCUGCUCCCCAUAUGCAUCUGACACGUUCUGUGCUCUGCGGUUCUGGCUGUGUCUUUCUGCUGCUGUUCCUCCGGGUGCACCGCAGCUACGAGCAGUUUCUGGAGGAGCUCGUGGCGCGCUUCCCGCAUGAGAGGGACGGCAUUCGCAAGUUCUACGAUGAGUGCUGGGCUGUGAGUGCUGGACUGCACCGUCGUAUCACUACACCUUCGCAAUCUCCAACUUGUUCGGUUUUCUCCCACCCCUCCCCCCCUCCCCCUCCUUCACCGCACCACCCCCAAUCACCCCCACCAACCCCUCCCCACCCCCCCUCCGGGCAGGUGUUCAACGCGCUGAACGCGUUGGAGCUGCAGUCGCUGGAGGAGCCGCUCUACCUGCUGGGCCAGUUCUUCCGCAACCCCCGAGCCUGUCUCACCCUCGCGUACUACCUACCACAGAACGCGGGCGACAUAGCACGCAAGUACAUCAGCGAUUCCGACCUUCUCGCCUUCAUCGAUGCCGAGGUGCUGUCCCUCCCGCACACCGCCGCUGCAGAUAUCGCCCAUCUAACAACUCC